CACUGACUUAGAUGAAGGGUUAGAAGGCAUGAUCAUCAAGUUUGCAGACGACACCAAAUUGGGAGGGAUAGCUAAUACUCCAGAAGACAGGAACAGAAUUCAAAAUGAUCUUAACAGAUUAGAGAGAUGGGCCAAAACUAACAAAAUGAAGUUCAACAGAGAAAUGCAAGAUACAGAAUGGGGGAUGCCUGGCUCGACAGCAGUACGUGUGAAAAGGAUCUUGGAGUCCUCGUGAACAAGUUAAACAUGAGCCAAUGAGACUUUGGCCUGCAUAAAUAUAGGAGUAUAAAUAGGAGUCUAGAUCCAGGGAAGUCAUGCUAACCCUCUGUUCUGCCUUGGUCAGACCACACCUAGAAUACUGUGUCCAAUUUUGGGCACCGCAAUUGAAGAGAGAUGUUGAUAGCCUGGAAGGUGUCCAGAGGAGAGUGACUAAAAUGAUCAAGGGUCUGGAGAACAAGUCUUACGAGGAGCGGUUUAAAGAGCUAGGCAUGUUUAGAAUGCAAAAGAGAAGGCUGAAAGGAGACAUGACGGACAUGUAUAAAUAUGUGAGGGGAGGGAGGCCUCCUCAUAAGGAGGAGGGAGCAAGCCUGUUUUCUGCUGCCUGGAGACUAGUACGCAGAACAAUGGCUUUAAACUACGGGAAAGGAGAUUUCACCUGAACAAUAGGAAGAACUCCCUCACUGUGAGAGCUGUUUGGCAGUGGAACUCUCUCUCUGCACCCAGAGUAUAGUGGAGGCUCCUUCUUUGGAGGCUUUUAAGCAGAAGCUGGAUGGCCAUCUGUCAGGAGUGCUUUGAAUGCGAUUUUCUGCUUCUUGGCAGGGGGUUGGACUGGAUGGCCCACGAGGUUCUUUCCAGCUCUAGGAUUCUAUGAUUCUAUGAAGGGAAGAGGAAGUAGCUAAAUGCAGGACAUGGAAUACAAAGAAAAGAGUCAUGGAAGGAAUGGUAGGAAGAUUUUUUACUUAAAGUACUUUUAAGUAAAAAUUGAAGGCGACUCCCAUGUCACCAAUGGCUACCAGGUGUCCGAAAGAUGAAGAUAUAUAAACAUAUUCGGGCUGUCAGGAAAAUGAAGGCCCCAAGCCAGCGAUGGAAGGCCUUCAUUCAUGUCGCAGAGGCUGCUAUGUCAUCUAAUCAAGAAUUUCUGUUUGAAGAGGCUGAACAAAAUAAAUCAAAUAGCCCAUUUUUCUCCAAUGUACAAAGAAGUACAUUAAGUGAUGAUCUGUUAAGGAAAGAAUCUCCCAACCUUCGUCUUUCUAGUCCACUCACAAGCGGAGGGUCAGACAGCAGAUCUACAAGUUUUUUCAUGGCCCUGAAUUCUACUAUUGAAAACAUGGAGCAAAGAACUCAGCAACUGAUUGACAAAAUUAAUGAGAAUCGGAAGAAUGACCACGAAUUCAUGAAUACAUUCAGAGAAAAUCUUUUGAUGAAGGUUUCAAGCUUGGCAGAAAAGUUGGAAGAAAGGGUGUUUUAUGUUUAUGACCAUAAUAGCAAGCUCAUUCAGGACAAACUUCAAGUGUUUUCUGAGAUCAUGGAGAGAAUCAGGCAGAUUGAGACUGAGCUCAGACAAGUCUGUAACACUGUCGAAAUAUUGUAUAAAGACCUGUGUGGUCAAGCUGAACUAUGAUCACAUACAGAAAAAAUGAAGAAAAAAAAUACUAAAAGCAAAUACAUUUGAAUCCAUGUGUCACUUGGCAAAUAAGACACAGCUUUUAGAACACGUAAAAUAUCUAGUGCUAAUUUAUGCAAUUUGCAAUGUAUGUUUAUUUAGAAUGGAAAUGUUCACAACUAUUUGAAAUUUAAUAAAUAUUUCUAAUGUUCA